AUGGUUGAGAUUAAAGUGAUUAAGAGCCCUUGGCUUGCUGAAGCUUUGGCUUUGAAAGAUGGUAUGAAUUUAGCUUGGAACCGUGGUUAUAGGAAGGUGAUAUGCGAGGUUGAUUGCCGCGAGUUGACAAAGGCCAUUGUAGACGUAGGAAAUAUGAGGAGGCAUGCUCAUGCUGAGGUUUUCUUGGAGAUCAACGAGCUGAUGGAGCGGAGUUGGUGCAUCAGAGUGGCGUGGAUUCAUAGGGAAGCAAAUUUCCCAGCCGACUGGCGAGCUGGGCAAGGAGCUGCCUCCGUGGAUCAGGGACUUACGGAGCUUAUUAAUUCUAGACCGGAGUUGGAUCUCCUCCUUUUGAAGGACCGCCUAGCGGUUCCUUAG